AUGCCCUUGUCUCGGACAGACACCUUCUCUGGCCUGAGAUGUUGUCAGGUCCGUGACCAGUCGCUUCGUCUCGGGCCCCGGCGACCAGCCCACCUGAUCCUGGCAGCAAGACGGAGCGGAAACCGAACGAGGCGGCUACCCGCCCUGCCUGUCUGCAAGGCAGUGCCAUGUCGCCGUCCUUACAUCAUCGCCAUUUUGUAUCCUCUCCUCGACAUCAUACACGCACACACACAAACACACACUGCAUUUGUGUUGUCCAGUCGACCUCGUCUGAAUCGGCCUCGUCGCGACACCGAACACACAUCACCGAUUAUUCACAUGCACACCGGUACCCCAAACAUGUGCACAUUUACACUAACAAUCAGAAAAGGCAGGCAGACAGGCCAUCAACAGUCCCGUAUAAUCGAAUCUGUACAGAGCAGCCACAGACCGUCUGGGAUCUACAUCAUUCGGACGUCUAGGCAGGGGGGAUGUGGUCUUUGGUACCAACGAGGUCAUGCUCCAUCGCCUCAAACUCGUCUAUCAUUUAUGUCUGGUUGCCUGGUCGUCCCGUUGUUCCAUUUUUCCAUUGUCCGGUUGUCCUUUUGUCUGGUUGUUCCCUCAUAA